AUGUCAAUCCACCAACAUCCAGAUUUCAUUCCUUAUCAAUACGUCGUAUAUGUCGAAGGAAAGGACCCAGAAACGGUUCAAAUCGAAGGACUGGAAUCAGUUCACACCAAAAUCCCAGGGGGUGUAAAGUUUCACCAGGUUGUUAGGUUUAAAGUCAAGAAUAGAAAAAUGGAGAACUUACGGUUUGUACAAAUUACCAAGAAAGCUGGAAUAACUUUCAAGAAAACGGAGAUUAAAUUGGGCACUUUUGAACCCUCUGAAACUGAAAUUUACGAAGUUGAGACGCCAGAAGAUGAAACACCCGGUAGUUGGUUAACCAGGGGUACUUAUCCCUGCACGACUACCUAUUAUGAAGGGGAUAAGGAAUUGUAUACCGAUUCCUGGACCUUAGAAUUAGUGUAG